AUGACGUGUGAGGGAUGGCCUGUUGCCACCAAAAAGCGAUACAAGGCCUGUGUCGACAAAACAAGUGAUUAUCAAGGCAACGCAGCCCCCAAACACUACAUACUCUUGAGUACAUUGAAAGCCGGCAUUGCGGCGGCAUAUCAGGUUCAGAUUCAUCCCGAGACUCUUGGCUUACCACUUGCUCGGCACUCGCCACUGAAACUCCAGCACGACAAACAGAGCGACGUGUCGCACAUUGCCAGGAACAAAAUCUUCACAAGCGUUGGUCUUGUCGCCCAGACGGAUGCUCUUAUUUACGCCGAAGCCUGUCUUCUGGGAAUGAGGCAGGAUGAACCAUGGCAGAAACCUGCUGCAGCGGAUGAGGCUCAUCUAGUAUCUUCGGCAGCUCCAAAGAUCGACACGAUCAUCACCCAACAGAGCAGGCUCGGGUGCAUCAUCGCAACAACGUCAAAGUGGAGGCGAUCUAGGCCACGAUCUGCAGCAACACAUUCGACCAAAGAUGAUCAAGUUUGCUGCAAGAUGUGUUUACACAGCCCCCUUCUUGGCACUGCGAAUACCACAGCUCAAUUUCAUGCGAAAGCGACAAGCGAAGUUCAAAUGUAA